CUCUCUUUCCUCCUUCCUUUCUCCCCCCUUUUUUUUUGCAAAACGCGUUCAGAACAGGAUCUGGUUUAUUUUUCCAAAAGGGAUUUAGAAAAUUCAAGCAUUUCCUGCAACAAAGGAAAAAAGAAAGGAAGUGAGAAGGAAGGAGUGAAGAAAGGAAAAGAAGAGAAGAGAAGAAGGGGAAAGGGUUUUGGAGAGCAGGUGAGCUCCGCAGGUCAAAGGAAGGAAGGAGCAGUCUCCGCUUCCUGCAGGAUGAAGAGGGAGGCCCAGGGGCCAGCUGGUGGGGCCUGGCGCAGCCCCACUUCCGAGGAGGAGGAGGAGGACGAGCCCGCCUGGGGUCCGGCGGUGCGCAGCGUGCUGGAGGGGAGCCCCGGGCGCUGGGCCGACCAGGUCCGCCACUUCCGGAGCUACUGCUUCCGGGGCUCCCGGGGCCCCCAGGAGACCUGCGCCCGGAUCCGAGCCCUGUGCCACCAGUGGCUGCAGCCGGAGAAGAACAGCAAGGCCCGGAUGAUGGACCUGGUGGUCCUGGAGCAGUUCCUCAAGAUCCUGCCCCCCGAGAUGGAGGCCUGGGUGCGGGACCGGAGGCCCCAGAGCAGCGCCCACGCCGUGGCCCUCGCCGAGGCCUUCCUCCCGCCACAGGUCCCUGAAGUCAAGAAGGAGCCCGUGGUCAAGAAGAAGACCCUGCAAGGGGAUGGCCGAGUGGCUGCACCUCCAGGAGAAGACAUGGAAGUUGGAGACCACAAACCAGCUGUGAAGGUUCCUUCUAGGUUGCUUUUUCCUCAAAGUGGAAUGGACACUCUGGACGUCCCACCAAAUGAGGAUCCAGUGGAUGUGAAAGAGAAGCUUGACUCUUCCACAGAAGAGGAUCCACUCUUGCCCGACCUGGGAGGGAGCACGUUGCUCAUGGAGGUCGUGGAGGAGCGCUUCGAGAGCGUGGCCUCCUCAACCAAAGGUGAUUCCAAGGCGAAGAGUAAGAAGGAGACAACUGUUGGAAGCCACGGCUGGGACCACGACGCAGCCUACAUUUCCCCUAAAGGGACUUACCUGCCCCAAAUGCCAUCUCUCGGGGGAAAUCCCCCAGGAAACGAGAGAAGCCAGCCGCAGCCUUCUGAGUUUGAGAAGAGCUUCCUUCAGCAGAUCUUCCGAGGCAAAGGCGAGAGGGCAGCUCCAUCAGGAGAGAAGGAGCACCGGUGUUUGGACUGUGGCAAGACCUUCAACCUGGCUUCGAGGCUGAAGCUACACCGGAAGAUCCACUCCGAGGAGAAGCCCUUCGAGUGCCUCGAGUGCGGGAAGCACUUCCGCCACAAGGGAAACCUCAACACGCACCAGAGGAUCCACCUCCGGGAUAAACCCUUCCGCUGCGAGGAGUGCGGCCGCUGCUUCGCCCACAGCUCCAUCCACCAGAAGCACCUCAAGUUCCAUGAAGCCAGGAGGGGCCUUGGGAAGGAGAAAGGCGCUUCGGCGCGGAUCGGGCCUCAAAGGGAUCGUUCGCUCAACGGAGAAGCAACGCAGAGAGGUGUUCCUCCCAAUGCGGGUCGACCCGACGAAGCAGAAUUUACUCCAGCGUCGGCUAACCAGCAGGAUCCAUCUCAAGGGGUUGAAUAGGAUGAAGCUCUCCGAGGCAUUCCUCAAAACGGGUGGCCUGGGAGUUGUAGUUUAGCAGCAUUGUAAAGAUGCCAUGCAAUUUUCGAAACCCUGAUUUUAAGGGUGAUAGGAACUCUGGCUUAUAGGAAAGGCCUUGGUCCCGUUGGGCACGGCUGGGAAUUAAUUGGGCCGCGUUUUGUGCCCGCCUGAAUCGUCCCCCGAUAUACUCCUUUUUGACCCACCCCAAGACCGAAAAUAAGCCAUGUUUUGUCUCUCAUUUCCAGAGCAACACCUUCAUAGGUUUUUCAGGGACGACUUGAGUCCGUGGUUUAUUAAGUUGGGACUACUUCCUUUUCUAAAUGCCCUCACGCUGUGGUGGGUUGGGUUCAGUUGUGUUUAAUUAAAGGCAAUUGGCUUGUU